CGUGCAAGAGAUGUCAAAGUCCGACUAGCUUGAAACAAAGGAGAUUAGUGGAGAAGUGGAAACGCAAGAUCGUGGAUGAGCUAUUGACGGCGAUCGCCCGCCUCUGCCACUACAUCUUUGUCCACCGACCGCUUCGUAUCUCUCUUGCUAUCACUCCCGCUCAUAAUGUCUGCUCGAUUCGCUCUGCAGAACGAGCCCCUGAGCGCCAAGGACGAGGCGAAGGCGAAAAAAGAGCUUCGCGAAACGCCAGAGCUGCGAGCUACAGAACUUGCGAAGCUCAAAACAUUGGUAAAAGCGGAGCCCGGCCUUAUUUGGGGCGACUCCGAUGAAUUUUUGACGGCAUUCCUCAGACCAUCACACUGGUAUGCAGAGAGUGCGUUGGAACUGAUCAAAAGAAUUGCGGACUUCCGCUCGAAGAAUUGGUCCCUGAUCAGUGAUUUGGAGCCUAAGACUGAGGAACAACGUAUCAACAGCAAUGUGGUCAACGUCAUUCCUGAAAGAGACCAAGAAGGGCGCAGGAUGCUCCUGGUGAACUGUGGAGGCUCAUGGGAACCAAGUGAAGUAAACACUGACCAUCUGUUCCGAUUGCUCUAUCUGGUGCAUUUGGCCGCGCUUGAAGAGCCUGCAACUCAGGUGAAUGGAGUCGUCGUGAUCAUGGACUUCAAGGGGAUGGGCAUGAAGCAAGUCAAGGCCUUUACGCCUGGAUUCUCCAUGCGCCUGCUUACGUUUAUCCAGCACGCAAUGCCCAUGCGCCUUAAAGCUGUGCACAUCGUAAAGGAGCCGUUCGUCUUUAACAUGGUCUUCCAGCUGUUCAAACCGUUCAUCCAGGAAAAGCUGAAGACUAGGAUGUUCUUCCACGGAGACAAAAUGAAGAAAUUGCACGAGCACAUUAGCCCCUCUUGCUUGCCUGAGGACUAUGGCGGCUCUCUGCCCAAGAUCAACUACGGAGGCAAGGAAUGGUUUAAGCCUCUCAUGACUGCUGAGAAGAGCGUAAAAUACUGGCAGACGAUCGGACUCGAGAAGGAUUUGAAGAAAUGAGGACCAAGUCUAUCUGCCCAUAUUUCGCCAAAAUGAUAAAUAUGAUAGUAUCCGCAGCUAAUUACAUCAAGCGUAAAUUAAGAGUUGUUAAGCGUUGCAUGUGCUUUUCAAAAUUAUUCGUAUGAUGCUCAUUUUUUCCAUGGAAUAAUUCCUAAGUUCCAUUUUAUUUUACAGCUUUGGUUACUGUUACCAGCCAAUUAAAAGAUCGGCUAAAGGUUUUAUUGUUCCUCCAUUGCUAAUUUUCACUCUGAUCUGUUCGUCCAAGCAACGGAAAAUCACACGCAUCUCCUUUUUUAAGUUUCCUCUCGUAUCAAAUUCAUACUGAGACUAACUAUUUUAUGAGUCACAGUUUCCGUUGCCUAGAUUUAUUUUUACUUUGGACGAACGCACCAGUUUAUAAAUUACGAUACAACCGUUCCUAUUAUCACAUUUUGGUUACCAUUUACUUGAGCAGGUUUUGCCGGUGAUAUAUUUUAUGCACGCCUCCUGUUGUGUGUACCACUAUGAUAUUUGUGCAUCGAAUAAAUUGCUCAACUAUUAACUAUUUUUAUACGAAACAAGUGUUCACAGCCUCACUAUGCAGAGGCUUUAUAUCCGCUCCAAAAAUUAUCACGUGAUAAGUAUAACUAUGACUGUACGCUUAUCUGGAGAAAUAAAAUGACAAAAUGCAAUAUAAUACAA